AUGGAACUGCUCAGCCUCUGUGUCCUGCAGACAUUGGGGGUGCCCGUGACCCCUUCUGGGAAUAAGGUUCUGGAAUGCAUCAAAGCACAUAAGAGGCAAGUAGGAGCAGAGUGGGAAGAGGAGAAGGCACUGCAGAGAGGGGUCUCACGCUGUCUUGCAGCUCUCCCGGGGCUGAAACUGAGUGCGGAUCAGCUGGCCCUGGUCUACAGCACGCUGGGGCUCUGCCUGUGUGCCGUCCUCUGCUGCUUCCUGGUGACAGUGGCCUGCUUCCUCAAGAAGAGGGGGGAUCCCUGCUCCUGCCAGCCCCGCUCAAGGUCCUGUCAAAAUCCGGCCAAGUCUUCCCAGGAUCACACGAUGGAAGCUGGCAGCCCUGUGGGCACAUCCCCUGAGCCAGUGGAGACCUGCAGCUUCUGCUUCCCCGAGUGCAGGGCGCCCACCCAGGAGAGUGCAGUCAUGCCUGGGACCCCCGACCCUACUUGUGCUGGAAGGUGGGGGUGCCACACCAGGACCACAGUCCUGCAGCCUUGCCCCCACAUCCCAGACAGUGGUCUUGGCAUUGUGUGUGUGCCUGCCCAGGAAGGGGGCCCAGGUGCAUAAAUGGGGGUCAGGGAGGGAAAGGAGGAGGGAGAGAGAUGGAGAGAAGGGGAGAGAGAAAGAGAGGUGGGGAGAGGGGAGAGAGAUGGGGAGAGAGAUAUGGGGAGAGAGAGACAGAGGA